AUGAGUCCGUCUUCCACAGUUGAGCUCAGCGAUGGAGCCACCGUGAAAGUCCGCAUGCUCGGUAACGGUGACAAGACCAAGCCUCUGCUUAUUGCCCUCCAUGGCGCACCGGGCUUAUCAGAUCACAGAGAGCCUGAAUCGUCCUUUGAAUUCCUCGUCUCUAGAUUUCGCGUUCUGGUGUAUGAUGCCAGAGGAAGCGGCGACAGCAGUUUGAAACCUCCAUACACUGAUGCGCGCUGGGUCGCCGACGUUGAUGAACUAAGAGAAUGGGCCGGCGAAGAAAAGUUCGUUCUCGCUGGAGGCUCUUACGGCGGUUUUCUGGCCCUGCAAUAUGCCAUCACGCAUCCGAAUCGCCUCCUCGCGCUUAUUCUGCGAGACACGUGGGCAAAUGGACUCCGCGGGACUCUUAAUUGCCUGAAGACCGUCCUCACCAGCAAUCGUAUCAAACCAGACGGAGAUCGACAGGUCCGGCUAUUCAGCGGCACCGUGAGAGACAACAAAGACUUUGCAGCUGCGUUCGGGGAGAUCGUCAAAAUUUACACGCCCGAGAACGAGCGGGAGGAAGUUGCCCAGGAGCCCUCGACAUUUGAGGGAAAUACAUGUACUAUCGCGGAAACGUACAAGCUGCGAUACGAAACCCACAACUUCGCUUUCUCGCACAAUGUGCCGAGGUUUGAUGUUCGGUCAAGAUUAGGAGAGAUAACGGCGCCGACUCUCAUCGUGACUGGUAGACAUGAUCUUAUCGCGAUUUUUGAGUACAGCGAAGAGAUCAAUAGGGGAAUUCCGGAAAGCGAGCUGGUCAUUUUUGAGAAUUCAGGACACAGCCCGCCUUCGGACGAGCCCGAGCUCUUUCAAAAGACUGUGUCUGAGUUCUUGUUGAAAUGGGUUUGA